AUGCCUUGGUUCGAUGUAGUCUUGGGCAUGGUUCCUGAUUACAUGCACGGCUGCUUAUUGGGAGUCACCAAAACCCUCCUUUACAAAUGGUUCUCAGCAACUAACCACAAGAAACCAUACUUCAUUGGAGGACAGGUACUGCAACGAGACCAUCUUUCACCCUUCAUUUUGGUGCUGAUUUGCAGCUUUUUCUAUGUUUGGAUUGUUAUCUUCCUUUCUGGAGGCUCCUCAUAUACAUUUGCACAAUAUAGAGUUGAUAGAGUUGUACAUGUAUGAUUUUGAUUCUGUCUUUUUUAUCAAUGCAAAUUAUUUUGCCAAGUACAUUUCUUUAAUUGGGUAUUUACUUUAAAGAUUAAUUUCUGAAAAUUAUUGCAUUGGCUAUAUGCCUUCAAAGCUUUGACAUUCCUUUUGGAACAUCUGAGUUUUAAAUUACCGGUACUUAGUCCAAGAGUAACUUUGUAAUAAAAACUUUCUCACAGAUUAAACAUGUCAACAAGCGGAUACUGAAGAUGAAACCUCCAGACUUUCUUACCUGCCUGCCACGAGACAUAGAGAAGCAUUUCAAAAAUUUGAAAGGUGUGUUCAUCCUCUGUAAUUAUAGGUUGUUUUUAUUUUAAAUUGAGACUUUUGGGACUAAUUAUGUAUACUCAUUUUUGUUGCAGCAUCUGAGUUACAGUCAUGGCUUCUGUAUUAUUCACUUCCAUGUUUAGUUGGUUAUCUUCCUGACAAGUACCUUAUCCAUUUUGCACAUUUGGCAGAGGGCGUCUUUAUUCUUCUUGGUGAUGCCAUAACACCCUCACAGCUUGGUAGGGCGCGUGACCUCCUACAGGCUUUCUACAAAGAUUUUCAAGCUUUGUAUGGUAAGGAAAAGGUUUAUUUUCUCUUUUCAACUGCCAAAUAUAAGGAAAUAAGUGAAUUUAAUAAGUGCCCCUAAGCUCUGAAAACCGAUUCAGAACAAAAGUAGAAUAUAAUUAUAGUUCAAGUGUUUAAGUAUAAUGUAGGUGAAGGAAAAAGAAGCAGUCUCUUUUUGUGUCUCAUACAAGUGUUUGAAUGAGCAACAUGCAUGUGGGAUCAUGUAUAUGAAUAAACGUUGCAAUAGGAACACUAGAAGUGAAAUAAUAAUAAUAAUAAUAAAGGUGGAAUAAUAUUAAUAUUUGAAAUGGAUAGUGUCCUGCUUUCCAUGUGCAAUGUCAUAAGAAAAAAAUAUAGGUUAUUAAUAUGUUAUAAUCCAGUUUAGUAUCAACAGAAGUCAUUACAGUAUUACAAUUUCUAUAACUGUAGAUGACAAUGCAUCGGGAAAACAUAAUACAUGUUUUCUUUCUGUGCAUAGCAGAGGCCAUGUAACUCAAAAAUAUGUACUGUGUUUAUUACCUGCUGUUAUUUUGAAUGAUGACACGAAUCACAUUUUAUCUCUAAAGGAGAUGGCAGUUGUGGUCUAAAUGUUCACAACACUGGAGCUCAUUUAGUGGAAUAUGUUGAAGGAUGGGGACCUCUGUGGGCAUGGUCCACAUUUGGCUUUGAGGAUAUGAACGGGACUAUUAUGGAUUUGACACAUGGAACAGGAAAUGUUUGUAGACAGGUACCAAUAAGAACAAUCCUAUAUUUAUCUCUAACAAAGACAAGAAAAGGUGUGCAGUUGCAGUUAUUUCUCACAAAAAAUCAAUGUUAGAUUUGAAAAAUGUCAUUACUGGCAUAAACAUCCUAAUUAGCAUCACGACGGGCCGCACAUAUAGUGUUCUACCCGAAAGCAAUAGUAUUGGCUAUUACUCUGCUGUCCCUUGCCCAUUCUAUUGCUACUCAUAUCCACCCUCCUGAGCACCUUGAAAAAGACAGAAGCUGAUCAUCUUUCUACAAUAAUUGCUAUGUCAUAAUGCUUAACUUUUUUUAGGUGAUUUGGAUGCUUCAUGCACAGAGUAAAUUAAGGUGUGAAGUAGACCUGUUAGAAGAUGAUGCUAUCAAGGAGUUUGUUAAAAGAAUGCUGAAAACCAAAAGAGAGUAAGUGAUUUUCAUCAGCAUGAUUAAAUUAUUGAUAAUCUUCCUGUACUGUUUUAUUCAUUUAGUUUUGUUUUUUGUUUAAGGGUGAAAAAUCUAAAGGAAGCAAAGAAUUGCCACAUUGCAGGGGGAGCCAAAAAACUGACCGGGAUAUCACCAGAGUUAAUGGCAAAGAUAAACUUGGAAGUCAAAGGCGAGGCAUUGAUGAAAGUGCUGAGAAUUGUCAAGAGUGGCAAAGUGUUUUACUCCAAGGAGUAUACCAGAAUGGUUGAUAGCAAUGCCCAUGUUGUGUUGUUCCAAUCUGGCAAAGUGGGAGAAAUAGAGUUCUUUGUUUGGGAUAGGCAGACUGGAAUCACGGUGGCAGUCUUCAGCGAAAUUCAGCCUGAUCUUGAAAAGCCAUUCUUUUUUUGUGAAGCUGGUCAUCACACAUUAAGAAUGAAACAAGAAAGGUAUUAUUUCACUUGACAUGUGUGUAUUAUAAGGUUUAGAUUAGUUACCUUAAACAUGAAAGUUUCCUUAGUUGCAUGGUUAACUGCUAUAGAGAGGAGAGGGUGCAGGGGGGGGGAGUUUUUUCUCUCGCCACCCUUUCCCUGCCCCCUAUAACUUGACUCAACUCAACUCCAAGACUUUCUUGGAAUUCAAUAUGCAGUUACACAAGCAAAAACACUCAGGUACCCAGGUACUUUGUGCUUUAUGUGGCCGUUUUAUGGGGCUAUAUAGCUAUUCCUUCAAUCUUUAGUAAAAGUCAAAAUCAGCCUCUGAUUUCAACUUCAAAAAAAGCAAUCUAAUUCAAGACUUUCUGACAUACCAUGUGUGUUGUGUGCAAUUUUGCUUUUAGGUUGGAUUUUCAAAUUCAGAGGAUUGAAGCCAUAAAGGAAAAGGUUUUGUUCCUUUAA